GGCGGUGCCGCGGGCGGGGCGGGCCCGGGGGCGGCGGCGCUUCCUGCCCGCCCCGGCCCAGCGCGUCCCGCGGGCCGCCCGCGCCCACAGCAGCGGAAGGAGGCGGAGGAGGGAGCGGAGCCGCGCCGAGCCGAGCUGAGCCGAGCUGAACCGAGCUGAACCGAACUGAACCGAGCCGAGUUGAACCGAGCCGAGCUGAACCGCGCCGAGCCGAGCUGAGCCGAACCGUGCCGCCCGUCCCGCCGCUGCCGCCCAGGGAGCCGCGGAGCAGCGAGCGCAGCCCAGCCCAGCCCGCCCGGGCGCGAUGCCGCGGGCCGCCCUUCGCUGCCGCGGCCGCGGGCGCUGCCGCUGCCCCGGGCGGCGCUGCCACUGACAGCCGAGCUGCCACCGCCGCGGACUUUCCCCUCUUUGUGUUUAUCCUGCCGCUCUCGAGGUACCGCUAUCCUCCUCCCAGCGACCGCGGGCAGGUCCUGGCUGACUCUGGGAUUUUACUUUUUUUUAAACUCCCUUCUAGCUCGAUUGCCUGUUCUGAAAGUAUAUUUAUUUUUAAUAAAAGAAAAAGUCGGGCCACAAAUCCAGUUCGUUUCACAUUCCUCGUUCUGUGGAGUCCGGUUUAUUUCUGCGGUUAAAAAAGUUUACUCCCUCUCCUCCAGUUUUAUUGACACUGAGGAUGAAGAAGGAUUUGCAAAUGAAAGCGCCUUGAAAUACAGCAUCUUUUGGAGAGAGCUCUGCAGUUCUCCAGCCCGUUAAAUCUCGAAUUCCACCCUUUGCCCCUGCUGAAUCCACUGUUCUGCCCUUUACUCUCUGGGGUAAAAAACCAAACAACAUCAACAAAAACCCGAGGGGAAAAAGAAUACCUUUGGCAGCAGGGAAGCUUUGUGUGACUGACCCAACGAGCUACAAGUGUCCAGUUUCUGAAAAGAAGAAAACCCUUUUGUCUUCAGCAGAUCAGUAGAAUUAUUUUGGGAGCAAGGAGAGUAUCAAGUGAUCUGGCCUGCUGAGGAGGAGCCUGAAGCCAUCUCUGAGUGGAGAUCUUGGAUUUGCAGGAGGAAGGCUGAGUGUGUCCCCCCAUGUGGCAGAACUGCUCCUCCUUACCAGGGAACUGCAAGUGAAGGACAAAGGUCAAGGGCAGCUUCUACAUUCCACCCAAAAGGCACCACAGUUUGAGAUGAGGAAUUCAGAAGAGCAAGCAGCUACGACAGUUUUACAGCGCCUGCUGCAGGAGCAGCUCCGAUACGGGAACCCAAAUGACAACCGCAACCUCCUCGCCUUACACCAGCAAGCCACAGGGAAUGCCCCCGCUUUCGGCAGCGCCGGCGCCUCUCAGAACGAAGGGCUGAGCUCCCAGGACCACCAGCUCGUGACUCAUGCUGCCCGCCAGGAGCCCCAGGGCCAGGAGAUACAGGUGGACAACAGCAUCAUGGAGAAGCAGCUGUCACCACGGCUGCAGAACAGCGAGGACCUGCCCACCUACGAGGAGGCCAAGGUGCAGUCGCAGUAUUUCCGCGGGCAGCCGCACGCCAGCGUCGGGGCCGCCUUCUACGUCACGGGCGUCACCAACCAGAAGAUGAGGACUGAAGGGCGGCCCACGGUGCAGCGGGUGAGCCCGGGGAAGGUGCACCAGGACGAGGGACUGAAGGACCUCAAGCAAGGCCACGUGCGCUCCCUGAGCGAGAGGCUGAUGCAGCUGUCCCUGGCCACCAGCGGCGUCAAGGCCCACGCGCCCGUCACGAGCGCGCCGCUGUCCCCGCUGUCCCCGCUCUCUCCCCAGCAGUCCAGCGACCCGUACAAAAAUUCUGGCUCCAAUGAGUUCUACAAGAACUCUGUGCAGCCCCCUUCGCAGCCCAGCAUGAAAGGGAUGGAGCAGCGGGGGCCUCCCCCAGAGUACCCGUACAAAAACGUGUCCACCCCGUCUAUGAACUGCAAACCUCAGGACUCGGGGCAUUUCUAUGGCGACCAUCGCAUGAGCCAGCAGGGAAGAGCUGAUGGGCCUAUGAUGAGGUAUCAGCAUCCCCCUGAGUAUGGCUCAGUCAGGCAGAACCCGGAUGUGCAGCUGCAGUUACAACAGAGACCACCUCACCACCACAGCCCAACUUCUUCCUUGACAUCCCUGGGAUCUUUGACUUUGCUCCAGUCUCCACCACCUUCUAGGCUGUCCCCUUCUCAGCACCAGCAGCCCCUGACUCCCAGCCAGGCAGAUCCUGGCGUUGUGCCACGGACCCAGCAGCCUUUCUUGUCCAACCCAGUGCAUCAGGGAGAUCUGUACCGACUAUGCCAGCCCUUCCUCGGCCCGCAGCAGCAGCAGAGCGACUCCUACUCCGUGCUGCCCCGGGCCCAGCAGGUCCCUUCCCCCUACCAGCAGAUGCAGGUGGAUCCUUUUGCCAUCGUUUCCAGGGCGCAGCAGAUGGUGGAGAUCCUGUCGGAGGAGAACCGCUCCCUGCGGCAGGAGCUGGACGGGUGCUAUGAGAAGGUGGCCCGGCUGCAGAAGCUGGAAACAGAAAUUCAGCAAGUUUCAGAGGCGUACAAAAACCUGGAGAAGUCAUCCUCUAAGCGGGAUGCCCUGGAAAAGGCCAUGAGAAACAAACUGGAAGGAGAAAUUCGAAGGCUUCAUGAUUUCAACAGGGAUCUAAGAGAGCGCAUGGAGACAGCCAACAAGCAGCUGGCGGAGAAGGAGUUUGAGGGCUCUGAAGACAAUCGGAAAACCAUCUCCCAGCUCUUUGCACAAAACAAGGAAACACAGAGGGAAAAGGAGAAACUGGAAAUAGAGCUGGCUGCUGCCCGCUCCACCAACGAGGACCAGCGGAGACACAUCGAGAUCCGAGACCAGGCCUUGAACAACGCUCAGGCCAAGGUGGUGAAACUGGAGGAGGAGCUGAAGAAGAAGCAGGUGUACGUGGAGAAGGUGGAGAAGAUGCAGCAGGCCCUGGUUCAGCUGCAGGCAGCGUGUGAGAAGAGGGAGCAGCUGGAGCACCGGCUGCGCACGCGGCUGGAGAGGGAGCUGGAAUCCCUGCGCAUGCAGCAGCGUCAGGGCACAUCUCAGGCUGCCAAUGUCUCUGAGUACAACGCCACGGCACUCAUGGAGCUCCUGCGGGAGAAGGAGGAGAGGAUCCUUGCUCUGGAAGCUGACAUGACCAAGUGGGAGCAGAAAUACCUGGAGGAAAGUGUGAUGAGACAGUUUGCUUUGGAUGCAGCUGCGACCGUGGCUGCUCAGAGGGACACCACGGUGAUCAGCCACUCGCCCAACCCCAGCUACGACACCUCACUGGAAGCUCGCAUCCAGAAGGAGGAGGAGGAGAUCCUGCUGGCCAACAGGAGGUGUCUUGACAUGGAAGGAAGGAUCAAGACCCUGCACGCUCAGAUCAUUGAGAAGGAUGCCAUGAUCAAGGUGCUGCAGCAGCGCUCGCGCAAGGAGCCCGGCAAGACGGAGCAGCUCUCCUCCAUGAGACCUGCCAAGUCCCUCAUGUCCAUCUCCAACGCUGGCUCAGGCCUGCUGUCCCACUCCUCAACGCUGAGCAGCACCCCCAUCCUGGAGGAGAAGAGGGAGGACAAGAGCUGGAAGGGCAGCCUGGGUGUUCUGCUGGGAACAGAGUAUCGCUCCGAAUCCAUCCCCUCCACGCCCUCUCCUGUGCUCCCCUCCACGCCCUUGCUGUCAGCCCACUCCAAGACAGGCAGCAGAGACUGCAGCACGCAGACAGACCGGGGCAGUGAGCAGGGCAAGGCUGCUCCUUCCCCUGCAGCUCCCACCCCAGCACGACUCCCCAGCACCACCCUGAGCUACAGUGCAGAGAAAACAGAUGGGCCACUCUUCCACUCCAGCACUCUUGAAAGAAAAGCCCCUGUUCAGACUGUGGGGCAGGACCUCCCAGAUGGAGAGAUGGUAGAAUACCUCAUCUGAAAGGCUGUACCAGGAUCUGAGCUGGGAUAACAGUAGCAAGAAAUUUUUAAAAGACAUUUUUAUUGGGGAAAAAAAAAUGUAGUACCUGAGUAAUAAAAGAACACUCAGCUGUUUGCUCUUGUAUAUUAUGUCUCAAAAGUUUGGACAGGUUAAUUUAUAAUUUGUUCUAAAUUAUAAAAAACCCAUAACACUUGUUCUUUGAAAGUUUACCCCUUUAUUUUUUAAAUACUGGAUCUGGUAACAUCUGGAGAAAACAAACUAGACCUUAGGUGCACCACAGCUGAUAUUUCAUGUCAGUGCUUUUAAAGUCUCUUCAGCAGAAGUACCUGCUCUCACAGGUGCUGGUUACAUGUCUAGCUUGAAUGUAGUAAGGUGAUCUUAAUGGCCUUAAAAUGAUCAGAACCAGGAACAUUGUUGUGACCAUCAUUUAAUGGUUUUAGAAUACAGGUGUUCUGGGAAGCUUUUAUAAUCUGAGCUGUGAUCAAGGGAGAUUUCCCUUUCACUUCCUCUUUCCUCUCAGUGUAAGAACUCAGAAUAGGUAUUUCAUGUUCAUAGACUGAAAAGAUUUCCAUUUUCAGUGUGGUAACUUUUUUUUUUACUUCCCAAAUUUCUUUUUUUAAUUAUUUCCUUAUUAAAACAAAUGACUCCGGUGAUUAAUGUCGCAUUUCAUAUUUGUAGUUCCUUUUGCAAGAUUUGCUGUACUUUUAUACUUAAGUACUUUUUCAAUAAUUUGUACAGUGGAUAGUAAAUAAUAUAUUGCAUUCAUGUUUUACAUAAAUUAAUAAGGAGAAUUUACAGGCCCAGCCCUGAUCUGUUAGAUCAGAUUUCUGACAUGGUAAUUCCAUUGGCUUUAGAGAAACUACUUCAAAUUUACCAUAGCUCAAGUGGGAAGCCCUGCUGUUUUUCAGAUUUAACAACUUAAUCUACUGCAUCUGUGGAGAUCUUUCUUUUGUAGCAGAUUUUCUAUAUUUCAAAUGCCCUCCUACUCUGUAUGUCCCUCCUUUCUGGAGAGACUGGAUUCUUUUUCACAUAGCAGAGCCUCAGAGGUAGAGCUUUAAAGAAAAGCUCCAUGCAAAGGUUCAGAUGGCAGAUUCUCUCCUUUCAAAAUAAUUCUUUAAUUCAUCUGAGUGGAGAGAGCAGCUUAAAGGAAGUCCCAGAGGCAUUACAGAAGGAAGUUACAUAUUUAAGUCAUGAGGUUCACUUCCAAUUUUUUGGGAACUAGCACAGAUGCAGAAGUGCUUUGUUACAGAAACUGUAAGGAAAUAUUAAGACCAAUAGAAGUACGUGAGUAUUUUUUGUUAUUGUCUUUGCAUUUUAUUAAAACACUUCAAUAUUAAUUUCUGUUAAAAACUACUUUUUUUUGUACUUGAAUGUUGAAAUAUUUCACUAGCCAGUGGUCACACACUGGAACCUGACUAGUUUCAGCUUUCUGUGCAGCAUUAGAGUAGCAAAAUUUUCAUUUGAGAUCAUUCCGCCCCAGAAAUAAGGAAAUCAGCAAUUAAUUAUCACAGAGUUAGUGAAUGUCUUUAAUUCCUGUUUGACACCGCUGCUGUGGCGUUCAAAUGAAAUGGCCCUCCCAGACCAGCAGGGAUCACAGGAGUUCCACAGUGGGAGGAGAGAGGAGGAGCCUCUCUCUGCCUGAAGGUCAGCCUGAGCUUUCCCUCUGAAAUAACCACUUCAAAUCCAAGGAAAACAUAUUUUUCCUCAUCGUUUCUAGCAGAUUUGCUGCUGGUUAGGGAUCUUGAGGCAGUCCUGCAGGAGGCAGAGGAGGGGGAUGGCACAAACCCCUUCCAUCAGCAGAGCUGCCCUGCAGGGCUUUGCCUGCCUGUGCCCCCUGGGUGAGGAAUUUCCCUCCCUUCCCUCUGAGCCAUUCCCGGGCACACUGUCCAGCACCACCUCGUUCUCAUCCUCAGAAUGUCUUGCUGUUAUUUCUCUUGGCUUAAUUCCAUCCCACUUUAUGAAGUAAUGCCCACCCUGGAUGAUUUGAUUGCUCUUCCUCCUCCGCAGUUGUUGAAAAGGCAGCUUUUCUCAUUAGCUCUAGGUGUCCAUCUUUUUUGCCAUUUCAGCAUAAAUAUCUACAUGAUAUUUUGUGGGUUUGGCUUAAAAUGAACCACAAGGGAAAUCAAAUGCCAUUGAGUGUCUGUGUGAGGGGGGGGAGAAAUGUUUGACUGCUUUUCUCUUCUUUUAGAGUCAGGAAAAGUUAUAUUCCAUCUUUACAAAUACUUGUCAGCAUCUGGAAAGAAGUUUUAUGACUGCAGGGCUCUAAAUAAACAGUUACAACUCACUUAAAUCACAUUAGUUCUAAAAUGUCUGGGAAAAUUUGGAUCUUUUACGCAUAAAACCUCAUUCAGAAAACUGAUUUUCCCCAAUCAGUAUGGGCUGUUCAGGUGAAAAUAAUUGGUUUAUCCUCCCUGUAGCUCACUGUUUUCAAGUGGAGUGCCACUGCACUUUAUUUUUACAAAUCAAAAAGGACAUAAUGGCUUUCUGUGAGUAAAAUACAGCAACUCUCUCCUCCAGAAAGCCAGAACCAUCAGGAUUGCAGGAGCCUUGGCAGUUUCUUGCCCACUGAAGUAAUUUUGGAAGAUGGUGCAGUUUUAGUCUGCUUAGGUCAGGCUCUUUGCCCUAUUUUGUAAUUUUGAUUUCUUUCAAAAAAAAGCAAAACCCCCAAAACUUUGCUGUGUAAAUUGGAGGUCAUUUUCCUGUGCUGACACACUGGGAGCCAUCAGGAAUGCAUUCUUCCCCUGGAGCUUCCUCAGAGCCAUCCUGAUGUGAAUGUAAACGAGCUGCUUGCUUCGAGGAAGAGGUGUACAGAUCUUUAUUUUGUUUUUAAAACAGAAACUGCUUUAAGGAGACAAACUGCACACCUGGUUCCUUUGCCUUCUGUAGAGCUUAUUUCUAGUAGAAAGUGGUUUUUAACAGUGAUUGCAAUGACCUUUGCAAACCAAAAUUUUAGACUAAGAGUUUUUCUUAAACUCGGGUAUUAGAAGCAGAAUUGUAGCUUUUAUAAAGAAAGCCACAUAUUCUCCUUUGUAGAGCAAACCAAGAAAAUGAAGUUUAGUUAUUUUUCCUCUUUCCUCUCACUGCUUACAGAAAGUCCAAACUCCCAAGUCCUUCCCUUGGGCAGUUCCUUUGUGGUUUGACUGCUCGGGGAACUGCCUGAGAUCCAGAGACUUUAGUUCCACCUGGCCCAGUGUUGUUAUUAAAUUAAAGAACUCUGACCUGGCAGCUCCUGGGGGGUUCAGAGCAGCGAUUCAGUGUCAGGGGACUCCAGGGGAUGUGUGAGUUGCUCCUCAGGAGCCUGCAGGGGGACAUGGAGGUCACCACAUGUGAGAGCUGAGCAUCGCCUUCGCUGCUGGUUUGGGGCUGCAGGAGCUGGGGGGACCUGCAGAGUCCAGACCAGCCCCGCUUCCAAGGACACCUCCUGCUCCAGGAGCCCCUGGCGGGGUCAGCAGCAUGUGGGACAGGUGACACCCGUGGUGGGACAGGUGACACCCGUGGUGGGACAGGUGACACCCAUGGUGGGACAGGUGACACCUGUGGUGGGAGAGGUGACACCCGUGGUGGGACAGGUGACACCCAUGGUGGGACAGGUGACACCUGUGGUGGGAGAGGUGACACCCGUGGUGGCUCCGGCCAGACCAGGGCUCUUCACACCGAGACAAACCCGGAGUGCUCAGGGCAGGAAAACCCGGGAUAACUGAGCUUCCUCUCCCUGGGCUGGCACAGGGGAAGAAAUCCCGGGAUAACUGAGCUUCCUCUCCCUGGGCUGGCACGGGGGAGGAAAACCCAGGAUAACUGAGCUCCCUCUCCCUGGGGCUGGCACAGGGGAAGAAAUCCCGGGAUAACUGAGCUCCCUCUCCCUGGGCUGGCACAGCUCAUCCCAGUUUCCACCCUGCUGUCUGUGGGUUUGCUCCGUGCCAGGGGAGGGGGACAGGGGGGUUCUCUUUUCAUGUAUUUGUAUAGGAACUCUUUUGUAAAAGUUAGUUGUUUUUAUGUCUAGGAAGUAAAAAGACAUUGUAAAAUGUAAUUGUACUGUAUUUAUGAAGAAAAUACAUUUCUUUUCAAAAA